AUGCAAUUCGGUCUUUUGUUCUAUCAAACAGCUUUGUGGCUUGGUUUUCACAUACACAACAAGACUUUCACAAUCGCACCCAUUUUGGAUCAAGAUCGUGCAGCAAGCUUCAAGGUUAUUGAAAUUCCGAAUCCAUCUCGGUUUAUCAUGUUAGAAGAGGUGCAGCUCUCACACAACGACUUGGUAGUUAACAACAAUAAUUCUACUCUUCCGUCGGCAUCAUCAUCGGAACAACAGAAAUUUGAAAGGAUAUUGCAGCACUUUAAUGAAUAUUACAAGCAACACGAACAAGAAUUUAUGAAAUGUUUGAUUCAUAUUUGGGAACGAGAUCAUUCUUCAAGCACAACAUUAACAUUUUCUGAAAUUUUGAACAAAUUCUUGCCUCUGUCUCCUCGCAAUACACAUCUCUCGGAAUUCGAUGGAGCAAUUCGAAAGUUUGUGCUGUAUUAUUGUAUUAAUCAUUUACCGAACUAUGAAAAAAUCAAAAACAAGGAAAUUACAUUUAGACUUGUGUCCCAAGAUGAACUCUACGAAAAUAGUUUAAAAAUCAAAUUCAAGCAUCAAAUGGAUCUUUUCUCCAAGGAAAUAUAUCAUGUUGAAUUGAGUGAGGAAGAAUCGAUCAUUCUAAAGACUCGUCUUCUUGAUUGUCUUAUUUUCCAUUCAAAUAGUAUUUAUUGGAAUUAUAUCUGUAAAUAUCCUUCAAAAGCCAAGAAUCUAGAGACUAGAAUAAGAAGAUGGUUAAGCCUUUUGGGAACAAGCCUAAGUUAUCCGGAAGCUCUCAUCCUUAAAUCAAACGUUUUUCCAAAACAUCUAGUUCCAACGUUGAUCAAAUGUAUUCUAAAUCUAGUCGACAAGAAACUGUUGCAUACAAUGAUGGAGGAUCAAUCACAAUUUAUGGAAUACAAGAACCUUGUUGAGAACUGGAAUAUCAACACUCCAACUUGGAAAUUCUAUGAUGAUGUCAUCACUAUUGAUUCCGAAGGUACUCUGGAUAUUGAUGAUGCUAUUUCUAUUGAAAAUUAUGAUCAACAUUCAAUGCGUGUGGCCAUACAUAUCACCAAUGUUGCUCAUUUCUUUUAUUCAUACUUGGGAAACAAUUCCAUUCAAGAUAUGUUAAAAGAUCCAAUUUUCAAGGAAGCAUCACGAAAAGUAACCUCGUAUUAUGACAGCCUUCCUAGAUCGUCUGUUCUUUUUCGAAAUCCAGAUGACCUCGAUCAAGAUCCUAGACAUUUGACAGUAUUUCCAAUGCUUUAUCCUUCUCUUUCUGAAAAUAUUCUUUCUUUAAAGAAGGGAAAACGUCUGACCAUGUCCUAUGAAUUUGAAUUUAAUUCCCUCGAGGACCCGACUCAACCAAAAUUGUUAGGGAUCUAUCCCUCCUUUGUGAAUAUAAUUGAAAAUACCACCUAUGAAAAAGCAGAACCAUUAUUUGAGAAAGAAGAAAAGUGGAACAAAUUAUACUCGUAUUGUAGAGCUCUUUUCGAGAAGAGAACUCAGAAUGGAGCUCCCUCUUUUGAAAAUAGAAAGUCCUUAACUCCAGAACCUUCAACAAAUACCACAGCAAGAUUUUCAAUUUCAGAGAGAAGAAGUUUAAAAUCCUCCCUCAUCAUUAGUGAAAGCGCUGUACUCAUAGGAUCAAGGGUUGGAGAAUUUUUCAAAGCUCACAACAUUCCUGGCAUUACACGAAAUUUCGAUUCACAAAAAAAGAUGAGUUUAACAUCCGUGUGUAACAAAGACACUCAGAGUCCUUAUUUACAACAAACAAGUCCAGUGAGAAGAUUUAUCGAUUUAUUAAAUCAGCUCCAGCUGUAUUUAUACUUGACACAUCAACCAAUGCUUUCAGUCAAGCAAUUAGAAGAGCAUUGCGAUAGAAUUGAAUCAGAAUCGACCAAAGCUCAAGAAGUGGAAGAGCACAUUGUCAUGUAUUGGGUUCUAUGCUAUUUGUGGGAACACUAUGGGCCACCCCAAGAGAAUUCUGUUGAUGACACAAAAGGAGCAGCUGGCCAAACAAGUAGUCACGAACACAUCCGUCAUGACAAAGUUCUGAGAGGCACUGUUGGCCGAUUUGUGAGCGCAUUUACCAAGAUCAUACUCGACGACGAACGGUUUUGUUCUUUCUCCAUACACUGCUCGAAUUUACAUUACUUGUUAGGUGGAAAAUAUUGUGUUGAGGGAAGGAUCAUUAAUUUUGUGAUUGAAUCCAUCGAUUGGGAACAAUUGACAGUGAGCAUUCACGUUAUAGACGAAGAAGAGACUCUGCAAUCAAGCAAGCAACAAUAG